GGUGUCGGAGCUCUGCACGGCAAAGGAGCAACCACAGCGAGACGCGGCGAUCAAGGGGAUGCGGCAUCGGUACGCGGGAGCUGUCCAUCAGCACCACAUCCCCGACGAAAAGCAAGCAAGCAGCAAGCAGAGCCGAGACCCAGUCGCUCCUGUUUUCAGCCUGCCGCCCCCGCCCUCUUCUCACCACCGAGACCGCACUCCGACCACCGCCGCUCACCGCCAGAGCCUCCAGGAGCUACCUUGUCUGAGCCAGCCCUCCCGGAGACCUGUUCACAGUGGCGACCCUCUACCUCUGGCGAGCUACGACACCGCCCAGCGACCUUCACACCGAGCCAGUGAACCCAGCACCGGGCAGCACCUGCAGCGGGAUCCCUGGGCCCCGGCCGGCUCUCAGCAGCAGCAGCAGCCGCAGUCGGAGAAGCAGCCUGUUUUUCCGAGCUGCCACUGCAGUUUUUCCGAACAGGAGGCGAGCCUUUCUCAAAACCAUCACCAUCCUGCCGAUCCUUUCCCACCGCAGCCCUCCCCUCCUUUUCCGCCGCCUAUACUACCGCCGCCACCAACGUCGUCCUCCUCCUCUCUGCUGUUUUCCCGGGAAUCUAAACGCGGGGAUCGACUCCGAAGGAGUGCCAAUAAUUACCAACAGGCAAGCAUCGUGGAACGCUGCAGGGGAGGAGGAGGAGCAGGAGGGCACCGAGACCACAGGCAGUUGUUGCAGCAACAGCAGCAGCAGCAGCAGCAGCAACAGCAGCAGCAGCAGCACAGUCAUUUAAGACUCCAACAGAGGGACCCCUCCCCUGAAGGAACCCGUGCAAACUCGCAGAAAGGGCGCUCUUUAAAUGUAUGUGAGUCAACCGAGGCUAGCAGGAGAGCAUUCGAGUCUCAGACUCAGGAGCUGCAGCAGCAACAGAUCCCACAAUUACGAGCGCAGCAGCAGCUACUGGUGGGGAGCAGCUUGCCUAUCAACUACUGCGCCAGCGGCUCAGGAGAGCUAUGUAGGACUCACCAGGCUCCACUGCUGCAACAGCAAGAGCAGCAGCAGCAGCGGCAGCAGCAGCAAGGCGCACUGGGGCUCUGUCCCCAGCGUCCGCAGCACUGUGAACAAGACCGCAAUAAGUCUGGGAGGAUCACCGCGCAGGGCGAUCAGGCGCAGCCACACAGCCGCGACUCCCGCGUAACCCCCCCGGUAACACAGCAGACGUACGCGGGGAACUCGUCUGCGACUGGCAGCAACAGCAGCAAAGAAAGCCCCAACUACGGCUCCAGCUAUCACCUGUGGCCAGAGAGCCCGCAUAAAGGAGAGGAGAGGAUACGCAUCGACCUCCAUAAGGCCACUACUGAGCAGAAGAAGCUGAGCCAUGCUGGAUCCAAGCCCUCCCUCUCCGAGAGCAGCAGCCGACUCCCUCAGAUAGCCAUGAACACCUGCAAGUACAAUGGCGGAGUGGUGAGACCACUAGUGGGCAGCCUGGCGUCCUCGUCGCGCCGCAACCUCGCGGAGCUCGACUCGGAGACGCAGCCCUUGCAGACGCUGCACAGCUCUGGCCUGGAGGUGGUGGUGUCCAAGGGCAACGGCGGAGAAGACCCCAGCAAGGCGUCCAACGAGAGCUUGGUUAGGGAGGGCAGUGGGCGUGGCGGAGGCAGGGCGCCGCAGAAGAAGAACAGGGACAUUGGCUACAAGCUCGGCCACCGGAGGGCGCUAUUUGAAAAGCGGAAGCGGCUCAGUGACUACGCACUCAUCUUCGGGAUGUUUGGGAUUGUUGUCAUGGUGACAGAGACGGAACUGUCAUGGGGGGUUUACACUAAGGAAUCUUCAUACUCAUUUGCACUGAAAUGCCUUAUCAGCCUUUCCACUGUUAUAUUGCUUGGUCUUAUAAUAAUGUACCAUGCCCGUGAAAUCCAGCUGUUUAUGGUCGACAAUGGUGCGGACGAUUGGAGGAUAGCCAUGACGUAUGAGCGGAUCUUCUUCAUCGUGCUGGAGCUGCUGGUGUGUGCCAUCCAUCCCAUCCCGGGCCAGUACGUCUUCACCUGGACGGCACGGCUGGCCUUUACCUACACGCCGUCGGUGGCCGAUGCUGACGUGGACAUCAUCCUCUCCAUCCCCAUGUUCCUGAGACUCUACCUGAUAGGCAGGGUUAUGUUACUCCACAGCAAGCUGUUCACGGACGCUUCGUCUCGCAGCAUCGGCGCCCUCAACAAGAUCAACUUCAACACACGCUUUGUCAUGAAGACCCUCAUGACCAUCUGUCCAGGAACUGUUCUGCUGGUGUUCAGUAUAUCCUCCUGGAUCAUUGCUGCAUGGACUGUGCGCGUCUGUGAGAGGUAUCACGACAAACAGGAAGUGACCAGUAACUUCCUGGGAGCCAUGUGGCUCAUCUCGAUUACCUUCCUCUCCAUUGGCUACGGGGACAUGGUACCACACACGUACUGUGGGAAAGGCGUGUGUCUGCUUACAGGGAUUAUGGGAGCUGGUUGCACUGCACUGGUGGUUGCAGUGGUAGCCAGGAAGUUGGAGCUGACCAAGGCUGAGAAACAUGUCCACAACUUCAUGAUGGACACACAACUCUGCAAACGAGUAAAGAACACAGCUGCCAAUGUACUCAGGGAAACAUGGCUCAUCUACAAACACACUAAGUUGGUCAAGAAGAUAGAUCAUGCCAAGGUGCGGAAACACCAGCGCAAGUUUCUCCAAGCCAUUCACCAAGCUCAGAAACUGCGCAGUGUGAAGAUGGAGCAGAGGAAACUAAACGAUCAGGCCAACACCUUGGUGGACCUGGCGAAGACCCAGAAUGUGAUGUAUGACCUGGUGUCAGAGCUGCAGGAGCGCAGUGAGGAGCUGGACAAGCGCAUCGGCACGUUGGAGGACAAGCUGGACUCGGUGACGGGCAGCCUGCAGGCGCUGCCCUGCCUCAUCUCCCAAGCCAUAACCCAGCAGCAGCAGGACUUCCUGGACGGCUUUGUUCACCGCUUUCGGCCCGCCUCACUAGCCUCAGAGCGCUCCGAACGCUCGGAGCGAUCCUGGACUUCCACCGCCCGUAGGCGGCGCUCUCCCUCCACAGCACCACACACCUCCUCUGAUAGCGGAUAACCUUGACAAACCCUCUGCAAUCACCUUCGAGCCUCACCUCUCCCAAACCAACUCGUCACCUCAUUCUGUCCUAUCCAAAGCUGUCCCUGUAACCGCUGGCGAGUCCAUGUCUGGACUAAUAAUGAACCCAUAUCUUGACCCCUGACCUGAUCCUUGCCCUUCCUCUCUUCCUCCCACUCAUUCCCUCUCCUGUUCCUCCCUACCCAACAUCAAAUCCAAAAACCAAUUCCUCUGUGACUGAGCCUCUCAGCACAGGACUGGAUCAGAGCUACUCCAAAAGAACAAAGAAAAGCAAACAAAGACUAAAAUCGAGAAAAAACACAAAU